AUGCCGACGAAGAAGAAGGCUGACGGCCGCAAGCGCGACAAUGAGGCGGACCUCGCUGAGCUCGAAAGUCUCCGGAAGCAAGUUGCUGAACAGAGCAAGGCGCUGAAAGCUGAAGAGGCUCGCAAGGAGGAAGAGACCCAGGGCAAACGUCAGGUCAACAGCCGGCGCCAACGGACACUGGUUCGCUGGGAUGUGGAUACCGACAUUCGGCUUCUGCUGGCCAUCCAGUAUGCCUGCAAUAAAGGCGGCGUCAAGAUUCCAUGGAAGGAUGUCGCGGAAGCGAUGGGAGAAAAGUUCACAGAGGGUGCCAUCGUUCAGCAUUUGUCCAAGCUGCGUACCAAACGGGAUGAGCAGGAUAAACCAAACCCGCCUCCACUGAAGCGUGCAGCAAAUGGCCAUCACAAGAGCGACACAAGCAACAAGAGUGAUGCGUUGACUUCCCCAAAGGAGGACUCUGCGCCAAACACUCGUAGCACCAAGAAGCGGCGCCGUGAUCCAUCCGACGAUGAAUCCGAAGACAGCGUGUACACCCUGAAGAAGAAGCAGCCUGCAAAGAACAAGAAGAAGGACAAGGUCUUCGUUGCUCCCAAGCUGCGCACAAAGCGUGAGGAUACCGACAGCAAUGGCUCCCAGAAGCUGGUGUGUGUUGGAGCGGAAUGGUUGCGUGACUUCGCUGGUGGUGACGAGCAUGAAGUUGACCGUGAGGAUGACGAAGAAUCGGAAGGUUCUGAGACGGACUCAACUGAAAGCAGCCUGGCAACUACUCAAGCGGCUAAGAAAUCAAAGAUGGUGAUACUCAAGGUGGGCAGUGAGCGAUUGGCAAGUCUUGACCGCACCCUUGGGGACUCUGCAACCUUCCGAGACCCUGUUACCCCAACCAGGCAGCCGCGUGCUAUCGCCAACAUGCCACCCCGUCAUCCAUCCUAUUUCCCUUACAUGCAUUCGGAUUCUAUUGCGCCCUUUUCGCCUCUGCCGCCUGCUCCAUUCUCAAACAACUCCGUUUCCAUCCCUUUCCAAUCCAAUGGCCCCAGUCCAUUCGACAUUGUCAACCAGACUCCCGACGCUUUGCUUGGUGCAACCUCCAGCGAUGAACUGAACUCAGUUUAUUCGCAGUUUGAUAUAAAUGCCGAAUUGCAAUUUCCUGGUCAGUAUGGCUACCUGGAAACCAGCAGUUUUGAGAACCAGUUCAUUACAGACAAUGAACUGUUUGUGAGCCUCCCUGACGUAGAGCCUCCUCGUUAUUUGGGCUACGAUGGUGAAGACGUCAAGGAAUUUUAA